AUGUAUACCGAUUCAUCAGAUAAGACACUCCAGUCAAAUAAGAUAUUAUCAAUUUUCUCAGGAUUUUGCUUUGGAGCAGCCUGGCUUGUAUUCAUUGACGCAGUUGUCGUUAGCUACAAAAUUGAUAAAUGCAAAGUCUACGAAUGGAUUGGCGGCAUUGCAGGAUCAAUUGGUUUGUUCCUUGUAGAAAAUCUUUCACAUGAUAUGUUUGCUAAGUCAAAGCUUUGGCAAGAAGAUACACAAUGCUAUCAGAAAUUCCUCCUUAUCUUAAGUACUUUCUUACUUUUCGGCGCAAUUGUUUCCUCAGUCGUUAUCUUCGUUGUUGCACCCCAUUUCAAGAACGCAACAAAUGAUUUAGUUAAAUUCCGCGGUUGGGGAGCAAUUUUACAAUGCUUCUUAAUCCUCGUUUCUGCAUACUCAUGGCGCUUCAUGUGGCGCGAUCCACAAGGCUAUUGA